AUGGCUAGUUUUAACCAUCUCGCUGAAAGUCCUUCCCGUCUCAGUCAAAAUUCUUCCAAUGACGAAUAUCAGUGGGUUGGGGUUGACACAUUCCUCGACAAAGUUUUGAAUGCCCCGAUCGAUGAACAUAUCAUUGGCAAGUUGCUCUUAUUCAAAGCACUGCGUUACAUGUACUUAUUAGUGAUAAUGUUCUUAGAAUACCUGACAACACUUACUUUUGAAGCCGUCGAUGCGGGCACGACAAAAUUGCUUUAUCGUCCCACCUCCAUUCGUGUUUUCUUUUCUUCACUUGUCCGAAGAAUUAUACGCCGAGCAGGAGUAUCAAUGCCUACCAUAAUUCUCGCAAUUGUUUAUCUGAAAAGAGCGAGCCAUGAUAUUCUAAUUGGAGACUAUGCAAAAUUCGUUGCGGAAAGAGUGUUUUUAGGAGCACUACUUCUCAGUGCAAAGUAUUCCACAGAAAACGCCAUCCCCAAUGAUCAUUGGGUCAGCGCUGCUGAGGUUUUCACCCUGCAAGACAUUAACAACAUCCAACAACAAUUCUUAAUCGUUCUCGACUGGGAUUUGUCGUACACUGACUCCGAUGUACUCAAAGCUGCGCUGGAUGUUUAUACAGCUACUCCAAGCAUUAUUCUCUGA